ACAACAAGAUCGCAGAUAAAAUGGCGAAAAUUUUCAGAGUUUUCUUCGCGUUAGCUAUCUUCGUGGUGGCCGGAACCCUAGUUUCGGCGCAGCAGCAAUGUCGUGGAGACAUUGCCGGUCUGAUGAAAGAAUGUGCGGUUUACGUGCAGCGGCCGGGCCGGAGAGUGGACCCUUCGGCAGCAUGCUGCAGCGUCGUGAAGGCUGCCGACAUUCCGUGUGCCUGCCGCCACAUCACGGCCAUUGUCGAGGAAGAGAUCGAUAUGGAUAAGGUCGUGCAUGUCGCUGCCUUCUGCGGAAAACCUCUCGCGCACGGAACCAAGUGUGGAAGUUACGUUGUCCCAUGAAGAAUGUCACACAUGCACGGUACGGUUUAGACUUGGGCCUGUGUACGGAAGCCUUGUAGCUUUCAUCUUGUACUAAUUCGAUCGUCUAGUGUAAUGACUAAGAUUUAAUGAAAUAAU